CGGAAGUGCAUUUUGUUUUCCGGUGGCGGUUGAAACGGAUGCGAAAGCCGAAAUAAAGCGCCGCUUUUAGUAUCUAAGUCUUAAUUACGGCGCCGCAUACUUUGAUCGCGAGUGUUGUCUUUGAUGCGGAUGCUCGUCUCGAUGUCGCGGCUUCUUUUAGCCUCCAGGCGGAUGGUUUUUAGUUUGUAGGCAACCGUUGAUUCCUGAAGAAGCGAAUGUUGACGCGUUUCUGAAAGAGCCAAACUGGUUUGACACUGGCUGGAUCGCUGUUUACGUGUAGUUGAGAUGGAGCUGUUGGACAGUUCAGACUCCUCUGGUCCUGACAGCCCCGGGGUUCUGAACAGUGGCUUUGUGCUGGAGGCUGCGGAGUUGUCCACCUGUGUCCCAGAGACCCCCAGUCCUCAGAUCCGGAGGCACCGGUGUCGAGGGCGCCAUUCGUCUCUCCUCAGUUCUGUGGUGCGCAGGGCUUCGCAGGCUUCAUCUGAUUUACGUCGAUCCAAACGGAGAAGGCUGCUGGUUGGAUCUGCGCCAAACACCAACGACUCUUGGAUGGAGACUCUCUCCCCGUCUUCAUCAUCAGACUCAUCGUCUGAAUCAUCCUCAUCUUCCUCAGCUUCGUCAUCGUCAUCAUCAUCAUCUUCGUCAUCUUCCUCCUCAACAACGUCUACCAUGUCGGCGCCAGAGGUGGAGGACAUACCUCCCAGUCACGCGGCGUCUUUGUCCUUCCUAACAGAUGAAGAAAGGCGCUGGAUUAACGGAGAUGCUGAGGCAGAGCUCAUCGUCAUUGCUGAUGAUGAUGAGGAGGAGGAGGAGGAGGAGGAGGAGGAGCAGCUUCGUCUGGCUCGGGAGCAAGAGGAGAUGGAAAUGUGUUUCGCUCAGGACGAAGUGCGUCUGGCGCAGGAGGAAGAGGACGCUGCCUUUGCUCGAAGUCUUCAGGCUCAGUUUGACCUUGAGGAGGAGACCAGUACCAGACCACCGUCUCAUCCGCGCCAUCGCCACCUUCCCCAUCAUCGUCACCACCACCACCACCACCAUCACCUGAGCCACCACAUGUUCUCACAGCCGGACUGGAUGCCCCGCCUCCUCGCCGGCCUCUCACCGCUGCUAGAUCACAACGAACAUGCUGGGCGGUCGAGUCGACGUGGGCGCGGCAGACCCAGAAGGCUUCCCAGCUUUUCAGACAGCGAGGAGGGGAACGACUACGAGGCUCUGCUGGAGUGGGAGAGCAAUCAGGGCUCUGUGAUCACCAAAAAACUGACUCGCAGCCAGAUCCAGAUGUUUCCCACCAAAGUCUUCCAGAGUGCCGGGGCCGGGGCCACACAGUGUCACAUCUGCUUCUGCGACUACACGGCCGGGGAGCAGCUGCGGAUGCUGCCCUGUUUCCACGACUACCACGUCCCCUGCAUCGACCGCUGGCUCAAGGAAAACAUCACCUGCCCCAUCUGUAGGGUGGACCUGACCCAACACCAGGAACUGUGAACCAGACACAGCCUUUCGGACACACACAUUUUUAAAUGACGUUUUCAUUUUAUUGUUUCCAUGGACUUGAUGAAUGGGUCCGACGUCAUGAUGAGCUUCAGACGCAGAACUGGUUUUUCUUUAUUCUCACCGCUGACCUGAGACGGGAAACUGGAUUAAACAAAUCAUAUCUAGUUCCAAAUCUGACACUUGAUUGUUUCAAGUUGUAAAUAAAGAACUCGCUUUGCUCAACUUGA